AUGUCCUAUGACCCGGGCGGACCCUCUUCGUCUCAGGCCAAUGCCGAUGAUUCUGGUAAUGCUGCUUUGCUCAAGCUUCGUAUAACGCAUAUAACAUCAACGCUCUCAGCACCUCUACCUACGCUAAGGAACCUAUAUGUGCCAACAAGGUUCUCAACUGCUAUACCAGUCGGAAACUUACCUGACAAAGUUCCAGUAAUCAGAAUAUUCGGAACGACACCAUCAUUGCAGAAGAUAUGCGCAAAUAUACAUUUAUGUUAUCCAUAUUUCUACGUUCCAUAUCCAAUGGAUUUCACUUCAGAUUCAGACCCCCUAAGACCUGAAAAAGUAAUCAAAAUAUGUCAAAGAUUUGCGGUCUCAUUAAAUCAUUCAAUCUGUUUGGCAUCAAGACAAAAUCCAACUUCGAUUUCAAAUACGAAUAAAUAUGGUGGAGGAGUUGAUCCAAAGCAUUUACAUGUAAUAAGUGUAAUGCUAGUGAAAGGAAUUCCAUUUUAUGGAUAUCAUAUUGGUUAUUCAUAUUACCUCAAGGUAUCUUUAGCGAAUCCAGGUAAAAUGUAUACUGCUUUGGAACAAUUGAGGAAACCUGUUGUACUGGGUAGGAUAUGGCAACCGCACGAAGCUCAUAUGAAUCAUGUUCUUCAAUUCAUGUGCGAUUUCGAUCUUUAUGGUUGUGGUUGGUUAGAUGUAGCAGGUGGAAGAUUCAGAGAGCCCCUACCUGAGGGCGACCCAUAUUCCUCACCACCAUCAUCACCCGAUGGACCUCCGGAAACGUUUGACACCCUCACUGUUCCCGAAUCAAUGUUAUAUCCUACAGCACUUUCGCCACCAAAAGACACGUUCACUCCACUCGAAAUCGAUAUCUUGCCGCAUCACAUCCUGAAUCGACAAAGACUUAAACCGCGUAAUCUACACCAGGAUUUCAUUGAACUACUUCAUUCUCCCUUGGAUCCAAACGAGAAGCUGGUCCCUGCAGUAGCGGAAUUAUGGGAAGAUGAGAGACGUAGAAGAUCACUUAGGGGUCUGAGUCUCGGAAGCGAUGCCAUGAUGCCAGGUUCAGGUGGUAUGGAUGGUAGAUCAAUGCAGGAAUUAGGUUAUAAAUUACCUGGAACACCGAAUAACCAAGAUGAGAAUAAAGGUGGUAAUUGGAAGAUCUCAGAUGAGUUAUGGGAUUUCAUAAAAGAUCGUAUGGAUGAAGAAAGGAAGAAAAAAGGUAAAUUGUCUUUUAAAGGCUUUUCAAAUGAAAUUGCAAUGGGAAAAAGUGGUGAAAAGAAGAACUACGACAAGUGGAUCAUGACUACCUUUCAAGCCGUUUCGGCUCAUUGGCCAAGACCACCUCGUCUGCCUAAAUCCACUCAAAAGUCAAAACGGUCCGCUAGAUCCAAUAAAGGCUCAUCCCAAGUACAAGGAUUAUCUUCACCUGCCGAAGCAUCUAUAGCUCUUUCUCCCUCUCAAAAUGAUCAACCACCCUCUUCACCUACUCAAGCUGAGAUACCCCUAGUCAACCUCAAAGGCGAAGACCCGAUCCAGAAUGGCCAUGACUCUGCCAUCGAUGGACGAACUGUCGAAGAGGAAUCAUCCGAUGAGGAGGAGGAAGAAGAGGAAAAUCCUUUCGAGCUAUUCGCUAUGACACAGGCAUCUCAACAGGUCCCAUUCGACCUGGACGUCAACUCUAGGAUCAUCCACCGCAAUGUAUCAGAAAAUGACGCAGACGCGGAUGAUGAGAAUAGGGAAAACGAUGAUUACCCAGAUGAAGAAAAUGAUAACGCCAAAAGACACGCUGAAAACGUAAGGCAUCAUGUAGAGGAAGGUCAAAAAUUCCGUGCUACUCAAAUGCCCAAAAAACAACAAAUAGAUGAAGACGGAGAAGAAGAUAGUGAUGCGAUGUAUGAUGAUGAUGAAAUUGAUGAACUAUUCCGCCAAACUGUAGCUGCUGGAUUCGGAAGCAAUCAGUCCACUCCAAGAAAGAACAGAUUCAAUAUAGGUUCAGUCACUCCAAGUUCGAGAGCAAGUAGUGCCAGUGGUAAUUCUGGUGGGAUGUAUACCAGAAGAAUCGAAAGACAGAAGAGAAUGAUGGAACAAGCUGGUCUAGGUGACUUAGAUACAAUCUUCGAUCGAUCAUCUGUGUCUCUUUCCUCUCCAGGUAAUCCAUGGGAUAUUAGACCUCAAACACCUUCGAAACCUAAAACACCAAUAAGUGAAAAGCCUACCCCAACUACCCUCAUGAGGAACUUAUUUGCGAAAGCCCGUCACCCAUCUGUGUCUCCCUUGAAUACACCUACAAAGCAAAAACAAAUGGUUACCUUCGAUUCGCCAAACGUUGUUAUGCUACCACCUCUUCGCAGAACUGUAGGAGAUAUCUCAUCAUCUCCUUCACCUUCACCCUCCCCACUCCCAGAUGAUCAGCAGUUAUCCCAGAUGCAUAAUGAAGUCAUCUCGAAAUUGGGAAUAAGCCAAGAUGAUCUUGAAGACGCCAAAGAAGAACUGAAGGAGAUAUCAGCUCAUUUACCUGAACAAGAUGCUGUAGAUGCUUUCUUCAGACCCGCUCAAAAAACUCCCACUUCAUUAUCUACAAGAUCGACUGCAAGCUCGAAAACCAGUGGCGAGGGAAAAGGGCAAGAUCAGUUCCUCACUCCCACCCUAAAGGGUACGAAGCGGGGAUUCAGUCCCACGUACAAAAAUGAUGAAGAAGAACUAACUCCAGGAGCCACACUGGUCCCUUCCUCAGCUAUGAGAAACCUAAAUGAACCAUCGACCGUUCGAGCUAGAAAACGAGUGAGACUGGCAACUCCACCUGGUGUGGCAAGUCAACAACCACUUAUUCCAUCCAAUCCAAAUCUUAUCCCCACACCUCAAUCAACAGACACAACUACAACUUCCCGUUCAUCGCAGCCCUCUGUACCUACUACCACUUCUGACCAAGCGAAUUACUCAAGUUCAGCUUGGCAGUUUAAUUCACCUCCUCCUUUGCCUCAAGAUGUAAUAAACAGUAUGGAAGAGAACGGUGUUCCUUCAGCUGUAUAUCAGCAACCAUACUACUCGAAUCCAGUCGAUGUACCAUCCAGAUCGAAGAUGUUUGCAGGAAGAAUGUUCGCUCUGAAAGGUGAUACAGUCAAAGAUUUAGAUGAUUUCGAAAGCUCUUUUAUGACAAGUAGCUCAUCGACAAAAUGGUUGAAAGGUAGAAAACACAAUCAUCAGUGGAAAUUCGGCUGGGAGUAUAGUCAUACGCCUCCGACAAAAAGGGAUGUGAUAAAUUGGUGCGACAAGGAAGAUAUUGCCAAUCGGAUCCGUUUGGAAAAGCAGACACUCCUAACUUCGCAGCUUGAAAAGCCAACUCAAAAAAGCAAAUAUGGAUUCAAGUUCUCACAGAAAAGCAAAUCGAAAGAAUCGGAGAGAGAACACCAGAAUAUGUCUGUUCUAGCUCUGGAAGUAUUUGCUCAAUCAAGACACCAACUUCUACCAGAUCCUGAGAAAGAUGGUGUCACAGCUGUCUUCUAUUGUUAUCUAAAUGAGGAUCCUAAUCUACCUGAAAAUACAAUCCACAGAGGGUAUCAUGCUGGUUAUAUCUGUCUCGCAUCGCCACAAGUUGAUCAAUCAAGAUUGAGAUUGGAGGGUAUACCAUGUGAAAUAGUCGAAAGUGAAUUGGAUUUAAUUAACUUCGUCAUUGAUUUGACCAAAAAUUGGGAUCCGGAUGUCCUAGCAGGUUGGGAGUUACAUAAUUCAAGCUGGGGCUAUCUGGUCAGUAGAGCUGCUGAAGAGUUCUCCAUCGACCUCAUGGAUCAACUUUCCCGCGUCAUAACCGGUCAUACAGGUCCCAAGAAAGAUGGAUAUUCAGCUCAUCAUACUUCUACAUUCAAGGUCUCAGGUCGACACGUACUGAAUAUUUGGCGGAUCUGCAGAUCAGAGAUCAAUCUAAAUCAAUACACAUUUGAAAAUGUUGUCUUUCAUUUACUACACCAAAGGAUCCCUCAUUACUCAUCCGCGAAUUUAACCGCCCUAUGGAGAAGCAAAGCUCCUGGUCAUACGUAUCGAGUCUUGAAAUACUUCUUCCAAAGAGUGGUCAUCUGCAUGGAAAUUGUCGAUUCUGCUGAAAUCAUUACCAAGAACGCCGAAUUUGCUCGUGUCUUCGGUGUCGAUUUCGCCUCUGUGAUGUUCCGUGGAUCACAAUACAAAGUUGAAUCGUUCAUGUUUCGUAUUGCGAAACCAGAAAGUUUCGUACUAGUUUCGCCAUCAAAGGAACAGGUCGGAUUGCAGAAUGCUCCAUUUGCGGUUCCACUGAUAGCUGAACCUGAAUCGAAGUAUUAUACACAUCCAAUCAUUGUACUUGAUUUCCAAUCUUUGUACCCUUCAAUCAUGAUUGCGUACAAUAUAUGCUUCUCAACUUGUUUAGGCAGAGUUGAGAAAUUCAAGGGCACAAACAAAUUCGGAUUUACAGAAUUGAAGAUCGCCGAUGGGUUGUUGGAACUGUUGAAAGAUUAUCUCACUGUCACUCCGAAUGGGAUGAUCUUCGUGAAACCCGCGGUCAGGAAAAGUCUCCUCGCCAAGAUGUUGGGUGAGAUCCUGGAUACUAGGGUCAUGGUGAAACAUGCCAUGAAAGGCGCUAGGGGAGACAAGUCUUUAACUUCUCUUCUCAAUGCGAGGCAAUUGGGUUUAAAGCUCAUGGCGAACGUCACGUACGGAUACACCAGUGCAACAUACUCAGGUCGAAUGCCGUGUAUCGAAGUUGCCGAUUCGAUCGUACAAACGGGUCGAGAGACACUCGAAAAGGCGCAAGAGUUGAUUCAUUCUCGAAAGGAUUGGGAUGCCCAAGUAGUUUACGGCGAUACUGAUUCCUUGUUCGUGGCUUUACCUGGAAGAACCAAAGAACAAGCUUUCAAAAUUGGAAAUGAUAUCGCAGAUACUGUAACGGCUCUUAAUCCGAAACCUGUUAAACUCAAAUUCGAAAAGGUAUAUAUGGGUUCAGUACUCAUGGCCAAGAAGCGAUAUGUCGGUUUCAAAUAUGAACAUCCAGAUGAUACGGAUCCUGUUUUUGAUGCCAAGGGAAUCGAGACAAUCAGAAGAGAUGGGUUUCCUGCUCAACAGAAAAUCGAAGAGGUCUGUCUGAAAUUGCUUUUUCGGACGCAAGAUCUAUCCCUUGUCAAGGACUUUUGUCGUAAUGAGUGGACGAAGAUCCUCCAGAACAGAGUAUCCAUGCAGGAUUUCAUAGUUGCUAAGGAAGUAAGACUUGGUUCCUAUUCGGAGAAAGGCGUACCUCCACCUGGAGCGGCAGUCGCAUAUCGACGAAUCCUCAAGGAUCCACGAGACGAGCCUCAAUACGCUGAAAGAGUACCUUAUAUCGUUUCCAACGCAGAUGGUAGAAGACUCAUUGAUCGAGCUAGAAUGCCGGAAGAGAUGCUAUCCAACAGAUCUUUGUCUAUCGAUGCUGAAUAUUACAUUAGAAAUUUGUUGAUACCUCCUAUAUCAAGGAUAUUCAAUCUUGUAGGAGCAGAUGUAGAAAAUUGGUAUGACUCGAUGCCUAGAACCAAAAGAGUAUCGAAGUACGAAAGAUCUCAAGCAGAAGCAAAACUCAGAAGUAAAGGCAAAAACAAGAGUGGUGUCGGGGGAAUGAGAAUCGAUAGUCAUUUCAAAUCUAGUCAUUGUGUAGUAUGCGGGGUCGAAUCAUCUAGUACUUUAUGUGGAGAAUGUUUAUCCACCCCUUCAAUCACUUCCCACGCGCUGUUAUCGAGACAGCAUAUAGCGGAAUCGAAACUAUCAGAUUUACACAGAAUAUGCGCUUCUUGUUCUUCGAUUCCAGUAGGAGAAAAGAUACUCUGCGACUCAAUUGACUGUCCGAUAACUUAUGCUAGAACAAAUGCGAAAAGAGACGUGGAAGAUUUGGAGGAGAUAGGAGGAUUACUAGGUGAAUUGGAUAUUGAAGAUAUCAUCGAAUGA